AUGGCCAUUCAACCUCUUCCUCCUCAUCUGUCUGGUCAACUCGACGUUCUUAUGAUCGAUAAUUUCGAUUCAUUCACUUGGAAUCUUUACCAACAACUCUGUCUCCUCGGGGCCAACGUAACAGUCAUCAGAAACGAUGCUAUCUCACCCAGCCAAUUCCCCUUGCUGAAGCUGAAUUCCUUCAUCAUCUCUCCUGGGCCGGGCCACCCUCAGACAGACUCCGGAAUUUCCAGGGAUGCCAUUAAAUAUUUCCAAGGCAAAGUCCCCAUCCUCGGUGUUUGCAUGGGCCUCGAGUGUCUUGUAGAUGUUCAUGGAGGCAAAAUUGCGUACGCCGGAGAGAUCAUGCACGGCAAGGUCAGCCGUGUAAGACACGACAACAGAGGCUGUUUCCGCGAUGUACCUCAGGGAAUCGAAUCCAUCCGAUAUCACUCCCUGAGUUCCCAGGUUUCUUCCUUACCUCCUCAGGUUGAGACCACUUCGGCAACGGAGGAGUCAGACGUCAUAAUGGGAGUGCGUCACAAAGAAUACACCCUUGAGACUGUCCAGUAUCACCCCGAGAGUAUUUUGAGCGAAGGCGGAGAUGAACUUAUCGCGAAUUUUCUGAAACUUCGCGGUGGAUAUUGGAGAGAAAACCCCGACUUCCAUGUCGGUGAUCCCGCCCUCCCACCUUUCCCUCUUGAAAACCCCAACCCACCUCCGAACUACAAGGCAGUAUGA